AUGAGAGAUAGGACGCUGGAGGCCAAGACCCCGCGGGAUUACAAGCUCAGCGGGAUGCCGAUGCACUUCAACUUCCUAGAUGCCGAUGAGAUCGCCGAGAAAGUCAUGGACCUCUGCCCCUUCCUGCUGACACGCGACAAGAGCUCUCAGUUUGCCGUGGCUUGCCACCUGGUGCCGCUGCCCGGAGAGGUGGUAUCCAUCUACCUCUACGUCUGCGAGCUGCACGCGCUGGGCCAGAUGCAGCUCAAAGAGGAGAUCGAGCUGUUGGAGGCGCCGAAGCAGGACCAAGGCGCCACGGUGGCACAGUUGAUGAAGCAGAUCGGCAGACCAAAGCCUGAAGAAAAGAAGGGCAACGCCUUGGCGACGAUGAUGAUCAAGAUGGAGGACGACAUCAAGGCCUGGGUUGGUUCGCGGGGUGUGGAUACGGCGAGGGAACUGGUCCGCGACUCGCAGGAGAUCUUGAUGGAGGAGAAGGUGCUGGACAAGCGCUGCAAGGAGACAGCCGAGCUGGGGGAAGAGAUCUCCCGGGACUUUGCCGGCAAGAACCCGGUCGUGAUUGGCGUGCUGAACGGUGCCAUGGUGUUCAUGGCCGACCUGCUGCGGUGCAUCAGCAUCCCGGUGGAGAUCGAGUCCAUCGCGGUGAGCUCCUACGGGAAGAGGUCAUCCUCGGGAGAUCUGAAGUUCAACAAGGACAUCAGCGAGGACGUGAAGGGCAGACACGUCAUCUUCGUGGAGGACAUUGUGGACACCGGCAAGACGCUGAAGGCGGUGUGCGCUCUCUUUGCAGAGCGUGGGGCGGCUUCUGUGACCAUUUGCACCUUGCUGGACAAGAAGGCGCGGCGCGCGGUGGAGGGAUUGGACCUGCGGUACGUUGGCUUCGACUGCCGUUCGGCUACGGCAUCGACUAUGCCGAGAGGUAUCGGAAUCUGCCCUAUGUGGCGGCUCUGA